ACUGAGGCAGCUCCUGGUUGCACGGUCAAGUCCUCAUCGAGACUUCUUACACUGUGGACAAUUGAUUUAUUAAAUGUUGAUUUGCUAUUUAUUUCCGGGCUCGUCAAAGCCUGUCCGAGGCCCCCAACGCAAGCAGAUUUUGGUGACCCGUCCCCACGGCAUCGGGAGAAUAGAGAAAUUCAGGCUGGAUCCUGUUUGGGGCAUUUGUUUAACUUCGCAGGCCCGAAAAGUUCCUGGGUUGCAAGAAGAAAAGAGGCUCCGACGGCUAUGGAAUGCAGUGGGCAAGGAUAG